AUGCCGUCGAUUAAGAAUGCCCUUACAUUCUUGUUGGGCCAGGCUCUUCUCGCCACGGCUAGCCCAAUGGAUCUGGAGAAACGUCAAUGUCCCGGAAUCCACGUCUUUGGCGCUCGUGAAACCACAGCACCUCCAGGAUAUGGUUCUUCCGCUACAGUUGUGAACUUGAUUGUCAAUGCCCACCCCGGGACAACAUCCGAGGCCAUCAACUACCCAGCUUGCGGUGGUCAGAGUCAAUGCGGUGGUGUCAGCUAUGCCAACUCUGUGGUGGCUGGUAUCAAUGCCGUUGUCCAAGCAGUAAACAACUUCCAUAACCGAUGCCCCAACACUAAGCUUGUGUUGGUUGGAUACUCACAGGGUGGCCAAAUCAUGGAUGAUGCCCUAUGUGGAGGAGGUGACCCUGCUGAAGGUUACCCUAACACUGCUGUUCCUCUCUCUGCGGCAUCAGUAAGCGCCAUUCGGGCCGCCAUCUUUAUGGGCGACCCUCGUUAUGUCCGCGGACUGGCGUACAAUGUUGGAUCUUGCGCUGCUCAGGGUUUUGCUCCCCGCCCUGUUGGCUUCGUCUGCCCCAGUGGAUCAAAGAUCAAGUCCUACUGCGAUGCCUCAGACCCAUACUGCUGCAAUGGAAACAACGCCAACACUCACCAGAGCUAUGGACAGGUGUACGGCCAGCAAGCUCUUUCUUUCGUCAACAGCCGUCUCGCGUAA